AUGUGUCGCAUGGUCGUCUUUGAAGGCCUCUGCACGCGCUGCGGCACGCCCCAGACCUGGACAGAUUUGACUCAGGAGCUCUCCUGCCUCGAGGCCAAGAACAAGGGCUGCUUUGGCGAGUGCUCGCGCGGCAUCUACGUCGAGGAGCACGACUUUGACCAGGAAUGCAACACGUGCGCCGACGAAGACGAGGGCAUCGGCGAUCUCGACGAGGCGCUGGCUCCGGCGGGGAACUCUUUCCAGCACUCGAUGAGUUCUCACCAGAGUAACCCCGGCAAAAGCAACCCCAGCAAGAGGGGCGCUGCCGAGGAAGCCGGCGAGGCGAGCAAGAAGCAGCGCACCUAA